CCUAGUCACACCCUGGCCUAACCAAAAUUGAGAAUAAAAGCCUCUCUAUGGCCAGGGCGUGACAGAUUAUCCAGCCACAUUUGUUCAAAAGAGCUUAUCUGAGAUCCAUUUUUCCUUUUCCUGAUAUAGAAUAUGUUAAUUACGUUUAGAAAGUAAAAUAUUUGGGGUGUAGUCAAGAACCAUAAAAACUGAAACAGUUUGUCAAAAUUAUAGAAAACCAGAACUGUCACUGUAAUGAUCGAAUGAGUCAUUACUAAUUAGCUGAUCAUUCCAUUCUCCACGAACCAUUAGUAGUGUUGGUGAUAAUAUGGGUGGUACUAUUUUGUACUGAGGAGAGAGACAUUUGCUGAGGACAUGGAAAACUCGAGGUGAUAGGCGAGGUGAUAGGGUGACAAUCUGCCAGUACCUGACUUACAUGGUAGCCAAUUAGAGUUUUACUGCUUUAAUAUAAUGCAUCAGAAGUGCAGUGCAUUCAACUAUGGUCGUAAACUUUACAGGUUUAAAACAAACAAGACACAACUUCCUGUGAUAAGAAGUUUCAUGCUGAGCAUCAGAAAAUGGGUACUAUCUGUUCGUAAGAAUCCAUGAUCACAUUAGUAUGUACUGUAGAAUACAACAUCCUACCUUUUCAACUGGGGACAUGCACCAACAAAGCUUAUUUUCAUGGCUCACAUAGCCAUAGACUAUAGGCCUAGUUCAUGGAAGAUGACAGCAAAUGAUAUAAAGCAGUAACACAUCAGGUUUAAAAGUUAAUAAUUGGCCUGGUCAUUUUCACAGGUGCUCUUUACAGUUAGAACAUGUUCCCAUGACGACAAGUUCCUCUUUUUGAAUGUGUAUUUUAAGGUUGCCGCUCACAAAAUAGCUGCCAGUUAGUGAGGGGUUCCAUUUGAAGCACCUGUGAUCAUUGCAAGGUCCUUACAGAUCUUUUUCUCAACUAUACAUACAAUAUAAUACAUUUUGAUAAUAACUUCUUUAAAUCUUAACCGGUGACCAUGCCUUCGUGUCACACAGACUGCAUUGAAAAAUCAGUGUCAAAUUGGUUUCAUAACCUUGGAGGUUUUGUUGGGAGAAAUCCAUGGUGGUUUCUACUUGUCCCUUUGUUCAUCUCUGCGGGGCUUGGGGCAGGAUUUUACUUCCUUGAAGAGAGAGAGGCGCAUGGCAUAGAGGACCAGUUUACUCCAAAGGACGGGCCUGCAAAACAGGAGAGACAUUUUGUCAAAGAACAUUUUCCCCAGAAUGAUUCAGAGUUCUCUCGUUUGCGGCUGUAUACCGAGGGGAGUUAUGGGUCUUUCAUCGCUGUUUCAAAGUCAUCCGAUAUCUUGAAUGAGAAGGCAUUUGAGGAGAUCAUAUAUUUAGAUGGAACAGUUAGAGAGAUGGUAGGCCAAAAAGGAAAAACUUAUGAAAACCUUUGUGCCAUGAAAAGUAACAGGUGCUUUUCAAAUGACAUGUUAGAUAUCAUUAAUGGCACAGCUAGUACAAUUAAGAAGGCAAACUUGACCUUUCCUUAUCAUAAUUCAACGUCAAACACCAUCUUUUUGGGGACAGAACUUGGUGGAGUAGUUUUGAAUUCAAGUAUCAUCGUUAGUGCAAAGGCUGUUCGACUCUUCUACUUUCUCAGAGAAAACAACAAGGCAGAAAAUGAUGAUUGGCUACAUGGGUUUACUCAAGUGUUUUCCAACUUGUCAGAUGAAUUGAAUAAGCGGCAGAUUCAAGUUUCAUACUUCACAUCUAAUUCUAGAGAGGAGGAGUUUAAGGAAAACUCCAAAUCUGUGAUUCCUCUCUUCUCCGUCACAUACUUCCUGGCCAUAAGUUUUUCAAUUGUAUCUUGCUUGAGGUUGGACUGUGUGAGGAACAAGGUGUGGGUGGCCAUCUUUGGUGCUCUAUCUGCAGGCCUAGCUGUGCUGUCCAGUUUCGGGUUGUUGCUGCUCUGCGGAAUGCCCUUUGCCAUGACUGUUGCAACUGCUCCUUUCUUAAUACUGGGAAUUGGUGUUGACGACAUGUUCAUCAUGAUUUCCUGCUGGCAGCAGACUCAAGUUCAUGAGAACGUAGAGGACCGUAUGGCAGCUACAUACAAAGAGGCAGCUGUCUCUAUCACCAUCACAACACUAACUGAUGCCGUGGCCUUCUAUAUUGGUCUGUUAACUCCCUUUCGUUCUGUACAAUCCUUUUGUAUGUAUACUGGCACAGCUGUCCUGUUCUGUUACUUGUACAAUAUUACCUUCUUUGGUGCAUUUCUGGCAUUGAAUGGGAGUCGUGAAAAGGGCAACAGACACUGGCUGACAUGCAUGAAGGUUCCAGAACCCCUGUCUCUUAUACACAUCUAG